ACUGUCUCCACAUUGGCGCCUGGACCAAGUCAACUCCUGCUGCUUGCCUUCAGCUCUACUUUCAUUGCACAUUAACAAAAGAACUUUCUUUUUUUCGCUAUGGACACCACUGCUAGCGGCCAAGCCAACAACGUCCGGGCUUCCUAUCCCGCGAAUGAGAGGAAGGAUGUUCCGAUCCCUCCUGGAAUAACGGAAGCCGCCCGACAAGCGCGCGACAGGCAAUUUCGGGAGGACAAGAAGCUCGGCGACCAAGCCGCCGAAAACCCGGAGCUCAACAAGGACACCGCCACUAGCGACCAAGCCAACCAAGACCAGGCUUCGCGUCUUCCGAGUGGUAGGCAGGGGGUUCGGAUACCCCCCGGCAUGACGGUAGAGACCUGGCUAGCAAUCCGACGAGCGAACCUCAAGCAAUAUUGGGAGGAGAAGAAACUCGCCGACGAAACAGCCAAGAAUACAGAGCUCAACAAGAACAUUACCAUUAGCGACCAAACAUACAGAAACACAAGGUUUAACAAGAAUGUCAAAUGGGCCGACGUGUUCCAUCCUGCUCAGCCGUAAGAAGCUAGUGCAGGUGGAACAAGU